UUUUUCUGUUCCCAAUUAUUUUCUUUUUCUUUUGAUUACUAAUUAAAUUGUUUAAAAGUAAAAAUUAUCUUCUUAUUUUGUUUAAUUUAGAAUAAACUUAUACCUGGUGUUUAAUAGAAUAGUAAAGUGUAUAAAUAAACAUGGAACCUUCUUGUCAUUCUAAUGGUCCAACAAAUAAUUGUUCCCAACAGCAGCAGCAACAACAACAGCAACAAACCAAAAUCUUCAUUCAAAGAGAUUAUUCCAAUGGAACCAUGAUUAAAUUUCAAAGCAAAUUUCCUGCUGAAUUGGAGGGACUUAUAGAGAGGCAACAUUUUGACCAUUUAGUUAAUACAUUAAAUAAGAUGUACCAUCAAGCAGAAACCUCUUGGUUCUCUUAUUUUGAAAGCUGCCUUGCCUGUCUAUCAGCCUACUUACUAUACAUUUGUAUUGAGACCCAUUUUUCACGUAACAUGAGAAAAAUAUCCGCUUUCAUUGAUGAUCAAAAUGAAACCAUCUGGGAACCUCGAGGAUUACAUUUAGUUGACCCGGUGGAAAGAGGAUUAAGAGUUAUUGAAAUAGUCAUACGAAGUCCAGUGGAAGUACAAACAACAACCACCACCACCACUACCAACAAUCGUCAAGGUAAAAAAUCAUCAAACAUUGAGAUAACCAGUGGACUUUAAAAAAAAGCAAAGUAAAUACAACAACAAAUCGACAACUAACCAAUAUCAUCAUUGACUUUUUCUCACCAUCAAUCAUCAUCUCACCAUCAUCAUCAAUACUCUUUAUCUAUUUUUUCCUUAACCUGAGAAUCCAUUUUCUUUCUAUUGUAUUCACUCGUCUAUCUGUGCAUGUUAAAUGUGAAUAAAAAACAAAACAAUUCUGUUUAA